AGUACGGAUAGGAGGGGAGAAAGGGUCGGAUCUGACUUGAUUCAGGAAGAGGGGAAGGUAGCAGGCGCAGCGGCGCUGAGCCGCUUAGGCCGGCAGGGUUGCUUGGUUCGGGCAGCAUGGCGAGAGCAGGCGGAUCCGUGGGGCUGCGCUGGUGCUUGGGAGGCAGGAGCGUCUCCCGGCUGGAGGGCUACAGGAGGAAUGCUUUUGGCCAAGAACUGCUGGGUCCCGUCUCUCUGAGUAGUGCUAUCCUCCUGCAGCCCCAAAGGUCCUACCGAGCAGCACUUUGCACUGAGCUGACAAAGCCAUUGGUUGUUAGGGAUAUCCUGUCCCCUUCACUGCAACCGCAUGAGGUCAGAAUUCGUGUACGUUACUGUGGAGUAAAUUUUGCUGACAUACUGGCUUGCCAGGGUCUUUACCAAAAAAAACAUUCCCUUCCAUUCACUCCAGGAAUGGAAUUUUCAGGGGAUGUAAUGGAGACUGGUGAGUCCGUCAACAGUGUGAAAGAGGGGGAUCGUGUAAUUGGUGUGGCCAAUACCAAAGCUCUGGCUGAGGAAUACAUUGCAGAUCAAAAGCUUCUCUGGAUGAUCCCACCUGGAGUUUCUUAUGAAGAUGCUGCAGCAUUGCCUGUCUCCUAUGGAACAGCCAUCUUGGCUCUUGAACGAAGAGCACAGACACAGACAGGGGAGACUGUUUUGGUUACAGCUGCAGCUGGUGCUACUGGACUUGCAGUUGUGGAAGUUGCAACUAAAGUUCUCAAGGCAAAGGUGAUAGCAGCAGCAGGAAGUGACAAGAAAUGCAACCUGGCUCUCCAGAAGGGGGCUUUCCAGAGUGUGAAUUACGACAGGGCCAGCCUGAGAGAAGAAGUGAAGAAGCUGACGGCUAGCAAAGGAGUUGACGUGGUCAUCGACACUGUUGGUGGGGACAUCUUCAAGGAGGCGCUGCACAGCUUGGCUUGGGAAGGCAGGAUUGUGGUGGUUGGUUUUGCUGGAGGAACUAUCCCUUCCAUCCCAGCCAAUCUGCUGCUUCUGAAAAACAUCUCUGCCCUAGGACUAUACUGGGGCCGGUACCAGUACCAGGAUUUCCCAGUCUUUUCCUCUGCACUCUCUUCUGCUCUUUUGUACUGCCACAAGGGACAAAUCCAACCUCACGUAGGAGCCGUCUUCACACUAGAGGAGGUAAACGAAGCCUUUGCAUAUGUGAUGCAGCGUAAAUCUACAGGAAAGGUUGUCAUCUCAGUUAGUUAAGCCGGCUUUUCUUGGAGGAA